UGGAGAUCGAUUUCACCGUCACAUUCUGAUUCGACAGUCCUUCCAGUGAGGUGAGGACUCACGAGCACAGCAGCAGACGCAGCGGCGCCAGCACCGACCGUUACUCGAGUUCGGCCGACCGACCAGUGUCGUGGUUUGAUUCAGUGUGUGCCGUGAAGUCAGUCUGCACCAUGAAGCUGUCCGCGUGUCUGCUGCUGGCCGUGGUGGCCGCCGUCUCUGCCGACCAGGGCUUCUACCAGCCGCAGGCCGCGGCGGUCCAGUCGGCGCCCAGCUCCUACACCAACUAUGCACCCGGAAACUACUACGACCAGCGUCCUCCGGCACGCCAGGGAUGGUUCGACAGGAUCUUCGGUGGAUCUAACCGUCGCCAGGGCAUUGCAGGACUUCUGGCAGGAAUCGGACCGAUCGGCGCGGUCGUCGGCGUCGUGGUUGCCGUUGUUGUUGUCGUCGCCGUCGCCGCGGCCGCUACUCAGCUCAGCCAGUCCGGCAGAGGUCUGGACAAUGACGAGUGGGAGGUGGACCACUCGGUCUGGAUGAGCCAGCUCCAGAGGGACUUUGAAGACUCGUGGUCGAACUAGUAAAUCAGGGUCGAGGAGGAGUGGUUACGACGAGCAAUGGAUACAGACAACACUUCAUCGAAUAGCUAAAAGCGCGAAAAAGUAUUUAUAUACGUAACGUCAUCCAUUAUAUCUGGCAGCUAACUUUGACAUCAUAAUUUGCAGCAUUUACGAUGCAAUGCUACCCGGUCGCCUGUGUCAAUUGCUUUUCAUUAAAUAUUCCAGAAGUACCGAUAAACUAAGAGAUAAAAGUGCUAAAACGUAUUCGUUUUUCUUUACAAGUCCUGAAAAGCUCUUGAAUUGUUAAGUUGUUACUGCAUUGUUGUUGAGCAUUGAUAAAUGACAUGAAUGUUCCUUGUCUGUUUCCUGUUGAUAGUGACAUUGUUCUUGUUGAGUUAUUACCUGUUAUCUCGACAUUGUUUUCGUGAUAUGAAAUAUAUUUAAACCCUCAUCUGCUUGUCA